CAUGGGCAAAACUAGUAGUCCUUACCAGUCUGCCCAUCAACAACGGAAUCAGCUCUAGUGACCAAGAUGUCUGACUAUUCAUGGCGAGUAGGUGGGACUAGUGGGAUAUCAGACUCCGAAAAUGGCGUGGGGGCUGUGUACUUGCGAAAGUUAACUUCUUCUAAAUAUAAAGGAGUGGUUCCCCAGCCUAAUGGCCGGUGGGGAGCACAAAUAUACGAGAAGCACCGGCGCAUUUGGCUGGGAACUUUCAAUGAAGAAGGAGAAGCUGCCAAGGCCUAUGAUGUUGCGGCGAGAAGGUUCCGGGGCCAUGCUGCCCUAACAAACUUCAUGGUUUCAGGAAAGGGUAUCCAAGACGACAUUGAAACAACGUUCUUGAACUCGCAUUCUAAGGCUGAGAUAGUGGACAUGCUCCGAAAACACACCUACAAUGAUGAGCUUGAGCAAAGUGCGCACAAUUAUGGAAGCAAAGAAAGUGGUGCGGAUGUCAUGGAGUCCAAACCAAGUGUCUGUGAAAGGGUACAACUCUUUGACAAGGCGGUGACACCAAGUGAUGUAGGGAAACUAAACCGAAUGGUGAUACCAAAGCAACAUGCAGAGAAGCACUUGCCUUUGCAACUUGCAAGCUCUUCCAAGGGUGGUUUAUUGAAUUUUGAGGACAACGGCGGGAAGAUUUGGAGGUUUAGGUACUCCUUUUGGAAUAGUAGCCAGAGCUAUGUGCUAACAAAAGGUUGGAGGCGCUUUGUAAAGGAGAAGAACUUGAAAGCUGGGGAUAUCGUUAGCUUUCAUCGGUCAACUGGGUCGGAUAAACGGCUAUUCAUAGAGUGGGAGCAGCGAGACAGUUCCAGAAAGCCAUCAAUGAAGCAGGUCGAGAGUGGUCAGAUGGUUAGAUUAUUUGGAGUGAACUUGUUUAGUAAGUCCUAGCUGGUAAUACUUUACUUUAAAGGGCAUGCAGUAGGAGGUCUGUGUUUCAAUUUCUUCCCAGAAAAUAAUGUAAAGAUGGGCAGGUACUGCAUAGAUUUUGGUUUCUGAGUACUGCCUUAGUAAUUCAUCAGUUUGAGGUCCACACUAGGCAUGUGAUGAAAUUGUUUUUGUAACUGCUAAUGUAUGUUGACGUAUAUAUUAUUAGAGAAACUGAACAAGCCUAAUUUCUAAGGUUUCUAUUAUCUUAUCCCAGUGAG